CUGCAAACCUUAAAAUGGCGUAUCACCAACAAACAGUUUGGGGAUAUUUUCACGCGACCAAGAGUCCGCAUUUUAAACGUUAAAAUAGCGUCACGCGGAAAAACCGUUUAUGUCCACAAAGAAGAAUGGAGAUGCCGCAUGCUGUCAUGUCCGCUUCGGACAUUAAAAGGCAAAACCUCGGCAAAAAAAGAGAGCCGACAUGACCAAAUGGAAGGACAGAGUAAGGAAGGCUUUGAGGGAUGCUGGAAAACCAUAUUUGACUCGAAGAGGAGAACAAAAACCAGGGGAAAAUCCACCCAAACGACAAGCCCCAUCUAGUAGAAGAGGGAAGAUAAGAGGGAGAAAACGCAGCAUCACUCCUCCACCAAACAUAUCUGAAUUAAGGAUUUGGUUGUUGGGAGAAGACUGGGCAGAUAAGAGUUCAGUGGGAAACUUGCUCUUGAGAAGAAAUGAAUUUGAAACGGAAAUUUCUUUCCUGCUUCAUCAAUCUGCUAAAACAGGGAGAGGACAGAUUGAGGAUCAAAACAUAUCUGUGGUCAACACACCAAAUCUGUUUAACAGAGAUGUUCCUGCAGAAGAAAUUACUCAGGCACUAAAAAAUUGUGAGGCCAUGUCUGCUCCAGGCCCACAUGUACUUCUGCUAAUUCUGCAACCAGAUAUUUCUACUGAGAAGAUCAAAUAUAUGAGUGAAAUCAUGAACUCCUGGUCAGAGAACACAAUGAAUCAUACUAUGGUACUGGAGAUGGAGGGAGAAGCAAGUGCUGCUAAGGAGAAAAAACUUUGUUCCUAGUUUAUUUAAAGAAAAAUGGAGGUGGCACAAAAUAAACAGAAUAUAUACAGAUCAAGAUAAAUUAUCCACGGACCUGUUUGAAAAAAUCAAGAACUUGGUGAAGGAGAAUAAAUCGAAUCAUCUCUGCCUGGAAAUUUAUGAAUCACCACCAGAGAUGCCGUCAAGGAAAACAGUGAAGGAGAAAUUUGCCGGAUUUUCAUCGGACUUUAAACACAGAAUUGGAUCACUUGUGCAAACAUCUCAAAGUACAAGAGACAAAGAAAUGCCUGUUCUCAAUCUGGUGAUGUUUGGAAGUAACAGUGCUGGGAAGACUUUAGCAGUGAACACAAUACUGGGCCUCAGUGAGUUUGCAGAAGUGUCUGAAUCAGAAACCCAUCAUAAAUGUGUCAAGAGAGAUGGUGUGAUUUGUGGACACAAGGUCACCCUGGUUAAAAUGCCGAAGUUAAGCAACACAUCUCUGUCUCAGAAGGAUGUGCUGCAUGAGGCAUACCAUGCUCUGUCCCUGUGUUCACUUAACAUAAACACAUUUCUCCUGGUCCUUACUGUUGAUCCUCUCACUGAUGAUGAUAAAGGAGAACUUGAAUUAAUCAGUGACAUAUUUGACACAGCUGAUGGGAGGUUCUGGGAUUGUCUGAUUAUCAUGUUCAUAUAUGAGGGGAACAGACAGGACGAGAUUGUCACUGAAUUCAUAAAUGUAAACAAAGACAUUCAGAGAUUAUUGAAGAAAUGUGAGAACAAAUAUUACAUACUCAGUGUUAAACAAAGACCUGAUAGUACACAGCUCUCAGAAUUUCUGCAGAUGAUCUAUACAGUCACUUGCUACACGUCUACCACAUAUAUGGAAGCUCAGAUGGAUAACAGAAUUCAACUAGGGGCCAGAAUUGGAAAAGUGGAGGAAGAAAUCAGAGCGUUAAAAAAGUUGAAUCAAAAAGGUAAGACAUCAUUUAGUCUGAAUCUGAAUCUGAAUCUUAGUCUGAAGUUACUAUCAUGACUUUUCCCCAGAAAACUGUUCAAUUAAUGUUAAAGUCCCCCUGUAGUCAAAAAUUUUAUCCCUUAAAACUUGGUAACUUGGUAACACUUUAGAAUAAUGGUCCAUUAUUAACAAAUAACUAUGCAGGAAGUAAUAGGUAGUACUACAUUAACACUGAUCUUAAUAUUGUUAACUAAUAUGGUAGCAAUAUUAACUAAGCAGUAAGUAAUAGAAAAUAUAGGACAAAAAUAGUUUCUUGUUAGGUAUUCAGUAAUUGCUAAACUAAAAUAUUCACAUUGAGAACUGCUUGCUAAUUAUGAUAAAUUAAUAAAGAAUAACCACUUAAUUACUGAUCACAACAGUAACAUGUCUAAACGUAAACUACUAUCUUGUUUUAUUCUUAACAUGGUCAUAAAACAAGUACUGCUCACUGCAGAGCCAUAUGGCCUCCAGCUCCCCGUUUCUGGAUGACCAGCUCCACCUCCGUGUGAACUAAUGGGUGGAGUUAUGUUUAGAAUAGGGUAAGGGGUAGGGUUAGAGUGUGGUUAGGUAUUUAUCUUCACCCAUUACCUCCAGCGAGCGGAAGCUAGAGCUCCAGCUCCUCCCAUUUGGCUCUGCAGCGAGCACACUCUCUCAUAAAAUGUCUUUUUCAGAAGCUUGCACCUCAAACGGGGUCUUUGCGGAGACUAAUUUAUGAAUAUUAUAUGCCCACAAAUAAGUUGGCUACAGAUUGAGAUUGUGACUACUAUCCUCUUACCAAAAAAUAGUUUAUUUCAAACUUAAACACAGAAUAGUAAUAAUAAUAAUGAUAGUAAUUAAUUUAACAUUUUAAAUAACUAUGAAGAGAUGCUGACAAGCCCAUUAUUGGAUUAGUUCACUAUUUUAAUAAUAUGUCUCUGACUCCAAAACACCAAGAUAGUGACAGUAUUCUGGGAAAGACUUCUCUUUCGGAUAUUAAUAUAAACGAUGAUGGUCUCUUGUCAAAAACAGUUUGCAUCCUUAAUAAAGACAUUGACUGCACUGUGUUAAGCACAAAACAACAUCUUCCAGAUUACACUGUCUGUUAGGUUAGAAUAUCACUAGGGCAUCAGAAAUUUAUGGCUGUACAGUAUAUGCCAGAUAUAAAAUAUAUUACAUUAAUUAAUUAGUAUUAGUAUUACUGAGCAGUUAAGUUAUUUAAAUUAACAUGUCUUUCAUUAAAAAAAAAAAGUAUUGAUCCAGAUUACUAGAGGUUCUUGAGGGCUGACAAGGUAAUGCUUGAGUAAUUACUGAAGGGUUAACUUCUUUUUUUUUUUUUUACUUUACAAUUGUUACGAAUCUGGUCGGUGUUCUGCG